AGCGAGGAUUUUCGUCGUUGCAAGGAGUGACAACGUUGAUCGGCCAUUAUACGGGAAAAGUACUCGAUCUCCUUGUGAAAUGUUCAUAUUGUAAACAGUGCGAGUACUGGAAGCCGAAAAUGAACACCAUGGAAUACGAGGUAUGGAUGGAAUCCCAUGCAGACGAAUGCAGUGCGAAUCACAUUGGAAGUGCCGGAAAAAUGAAGGUGGACGCGGCUGUCGAAAUGUUCUCAAGAUCAGAAGAAUUACGCAACAUUAGAUAUUCUUCAUAUAUUGGUGACGGCGAUAGUAAAACUUUUAAAGGCAUUUUCGAAUCUCGACCUUAUGGUGAAGAUUGCACUGUAUUGAAAAAAGAAUGCGUUGGUCACGUACAAAAAAGAAUGGGAGCCCGACUUCGGAAAUUGAAAAAAAAAACGAAAGGCCUCAGUGGUAAAGACAAGCUCACAGCAAAGCUCAUUGAUGAGCUGAGUCUUUUUUACGGCCUCGCAAUACGAAGAAAUAAAGAUUCCGCAGAAGACAUGAAGACGGCAAUCUGGGCUACGUUGAAGCAUAACUUGUCGACCGAUACAAAUCCGCAGCACGAUAGCUGUCCGCCUGGGGAUGACAGCUGGUGUAUUUAG